UUUCAAUACAUGUUCAAAUUAAUUUGGACUUAUUACUAUUAUUCGUCUUAAAUAUAGUAUUGUUGUUUUCUCAUCACUGAUUAUCUGAUUAGAUAUGUUACAUAUAUUUAUCUGGAAUUAGAUGUCAAAUAAAAUUUUCCCUACAUGUUUGCAAAAAAGAAAAAUUCAAAAACUAAAACGACGCCGUUAUCCACCUCUCACUAUUCCUAAACCCCUACACUCAUCGUCGUCGUUGUGUGGCUGGCGCGCGAAGGCUCUGUGAGCGUCUCAACUGCUAAAACCUCAAAGUCUCCCACAGACACCAUGCUUGAGCAAUGAACAGGCACCGCCCAGCCAGGGCACUCUCACGUGCGUUGUCACGUGCCCUGACCCCCCUCUCCUUCAGCUCCUCAUCUGCUUCGUCUUCUUCUUCCUCAUCGUUAUCGUCUUUCCCUCUGAAGCACGUCACCAGAUCGAACUUCGAGGCGGCUCUAGCCGAGCUUCGCGGCCAUGUCCGAGCCGCGGACUUCGUUGCCAUCGACCUCGAAAUGACCGGCGUCACCAGCGCGCCCUGGCGCGAUUCCUUCGAGUUCGACCGCUCCGAUGUGCGCUACCUCAAGGUCAGAGACUCCGCCGAGAAGUUCGCCGUCGUUCAGUUCGGUGUCUGUCCCUUUCGCUGGGACUCUUCCAAGAACUCCUUCGUCGCUCACCCGCAUAAUUUCUAUGUUUUUCCACGUCAAGAGCUUUCAGUGGACGGCCCAUCUUAUGAAUUUCUCUGCCAGACCGCAUCGAUUGACUUCCUAGCUAAAUACCAGUUUGAUUUUAAUGCUUGCAUACGAGAAGGAAUAUCUUAUUUAUCUAAAAGACAAGAAGAUGAAGCAUUUAGACAUUUGAAUUUGGCAUUCGAGGAUGAAUCAUCAGUGAUAUGGUCUCGCUUAAAAGAAGUUAGAAAUAUACCAUUGGUCAGUAUGCCUGACAUUCUGUUCUCUGAACGAAUGAAGAACAGGUUCAUUGAAUGGCGUGAUAGGUUAUUGCUGCCUCAAAAUGGAAGGUUUCAAUUUCAAGAUCGCACAAGUGACUUCAAACAAUUUGAAACCAUUUUUUUCAAGAUGCGUCCAGCUCUUAGUCUAAAUGGAUUCACUUCUCAUCAACUGAAGUUGGUUCAAUUGGUCGUAAAGGAGCACUUCAAAGAUCUUUCUUAUGUUCAUUUCGAAGGUGAAAAUUCCAUUUUACAACAACUAAUAGUAUAUACAGAGUCCAAGGAUGACAAGGAUUUACUUAUGAAAGAGGUGAAGAAUGAUCAUAGGAGACAAGCUGAGACUAAGAUUCAAGCUGCAGUUGGUUUCCGCCAUGUUAUUGACCUCCUUUCCUCAGAAAAGAAAUUGAUUGUUGGUCACAAUUGCUUCUUGGAUAUUGCACAAAUAUACAGCAAAUUUAUUGGUCCUCUUCCUUUGGCUGCUGAAGAACUUGCCUCUUCGGUUAACAAGUACUUUCCUCACAUCAUUGACACCAAAAUACUAUUGAAUGCUAAUCAUAUACUCCAGCAACGGAUAAAGAAGUCCAAAACGUCACUAUCCUCAGCAUUUGCCUUGUUAUGCCCACAUCUUGCUCUUAGCAACAUAAACACGGGCCUUCCUUCGCAUUCCUAUCUAAGUGUGGAGGUUGAAGUGGAUGACUUGAGGUCCUGCAACUGGAAUUCCGGAGCCAAGCAUGAAGCUGGAUAUGAUGCUUUUAUGACAGGAUGCAUCUUUGCUCAAGCUUGCAGUCAUCUUGGCAUUGAUUUUAAAAUCCAACUUCCAUCAGAAAAUUUGGCAUACAAUGAGAGACUCCAGAAGCAAAUCAACCUUCUAUAUCUUAGUUGGACUAAUGGAGAUGUCAUUGAUCUAAGCACUGGUAAGAAGGUCACGGAAUCUUUGGGUUCUAAUAUCCUUAAAAAGCAGUACCCAAAAAUAGUGUUUGAAAAUAUUGUUUUACUUUGGGGAUUCCCAUCUGGACUCAAGGCAAGGGAGAUAAGAGAAUGCAUCACAAAAGUCUUUGGUCCAACCUCUGUUACUUCAGUCUACCAUCUCGAUGAAACUGCAGUUUUUGUUCAGUUUAUGAAAGCAGAGAUGGUCUCUGACUUUCUGCUGCUAAAGGAAAAGUUGGAGAAAAGUGAUGGUCCAAUUUCAGUUUUGCAUCCUCUUGCAAAACUUCUGGAAGGUGGAAGCACCCAUGCUGCUAGUUACGAAACUUACAAAGAAAUCUGCGGUUCAUCCAUUUCAAAACACCUCUUUGCUGAUCAGGCAGAGGUAUUUGGUAUUAGAUGGAAGACCAAAUUGGUAGAAUCUAAGGCUGCAUUGGAUGGUGAAGAAAAUGGAAGUUUGGGAAAAGAAAACUCAACAAUGAGAACCGCUGCAAAGGCCGCUCACAAAACCAAGCAUGGGGUAGUAGACAAUUUGAGAGACAAUUCAUUGUGUGACCAGAUCAUACAUUCUAUAUAUGCUGCUGAAGACAGUCAGCUGAGAACUACUAACUAGUGACUAGGUUUUUGGAUAUUGCUGAACCUUUCAACAAUCAAUUAUUUAAUUUAUAUCCAUUCCCAUUAAUUUUAAGAUGAUUGCCGAGAAAAGCAGUCUCUGAAUAUUUGUGUA